GCAUGUAUAAAGUGGAUUAUCAACCACUAUAAAAAUAAGCAUUACUAGCAAGCCUCAAUUCAAACCAAAAUAUACAUUCAACACAAGAAGAAAAAAGAUGGGAGUUGGAGCUUCCACCGGUUAUGGGACUUCACCUGCAAGAACUUACGGAUCAACGACGAGGAAAGGCCAGGUUGUCGCGUUCCACUCGUCAAAGACCUGGAAAAUCCACUUUGAAGCCUCAAAACUGACCCCAAAACUGCUCGUUGUCGAUUUCACGGCAGCAUGGUGCGGGCCCUGCCAGUAUAUUCAACCUGCAGUGAACGAAUUUGCAGAAACAUACACAGACGUGGACUUCAUCAAGAUUGAUGUUGAUGAGUUGGAUGAUGUGGCACAGGAAUUCGGGGUUCAGACAAUGCCGACUUUUGUGCUGAUGAAGAGAGGGAUAGAGGUCGAUAAGGUUGUCGGAGCCAAGAAGGAAGACCUGAGGAAGAAGAUUGACAAGCAUAGAAUCUAAACAUAGAACAUACUAGCUCUAGUGAGUUUUCAAGAACUCUAGCAGUAAACAAAGCUAUAUGCUCGUCUGCAGGCCAUCUGGCCCUAACACUGUCGUUUACGAGCCCAGCAGUUCAAUCAAUAUGUUUCUAUUAAAUGUAAGAUGUGGCCAGAAAAAGCUGAAGGAAACAUUUUUAUUUGAUCAAAA